AUGGAGAUACUGAUCAGGCAGCAGUUGUCAGAUGCUGAAAGGCACCAUGAUGUUGAAGCUUUGAAGAAUAGUUACGAGUUGAUCAAAACAGCUGAUGAGGGAAAAUCAGCCCUUGAUCCCUCUGAGAGUUUCUCUUCUGAUUUGUAUGUCUUGUGUGCAGAACAAGCACAUCAGAUGGGUUUCCCGGAAAUGAGUAGUCACUGUCUACAGAUGUUUUUUAAAGGAAAGCCACCUGUGAACCAAUUUUUGGGCAGAGCGUACUUGUGCCAGAGUCAAUUAUAUACCCCUGUAUCUACUGAUAAUUUGGAACAGUUUGAAAAAUUCAUCAUAAAUUUGCUGAAAGUAGUAGACUUUGCAUUAGAUGAUACAAGAUACUAUUUUUUGAUAUACAAUGCUUCAGUUAUUUACUGGAAGUUUGUAAGGCCAUUUUUAAAGCCUGGAUUCCGCCACUUUCUUAUUCCAAGUCUCUCUCAAAUUGUGCCUGCAUUGAAACAUCGAUCUAAGGAAGACAAAGACUGGACUGCAGAACUCAUGCUAGAGCUAAUGGACUGUUUCUUGGAUGCAUCCAAAAUUGAAGAAGCCAUAGAGUUUUCAUCCACUGCAGCAGCAUUCAUUAAAGAAAAUGUUCCAGGGAAAUAUAAACAACUAUUUUCAUUAAUGAUACAUCACAAACUAGUGGAAGCUUCACAAAUAGAAGAUGAACUUAAAAGCUCUCCCAACCUGAACAUUAUUUAUAAAAUCCAAACAAUCAAGUUGCAUUUAGACAAGAAUGAAAUUCCACAAGAUGCUUGCACAGAUUUGAGUAAUAUAUAUGAACUUUUAAAAGAAUCCAGAAGGAAAAUAAAGCGUAUUGAAAGAAUUUCUUUGCUGCUGGAAUUGGCUCGACUUUCUUUGAAAUUAAAUUGUAUACCCAUUGCGUGUUCAUGUAUAAAUGACUUGAAGAACUGUAAGAUUAGUGAUCCAGGAAAAGAGAUUGAAUUAGACUGCUUGGAAUGUGACUGUGAAGUCCAGAAACUUGGACCUAAAAUUGAAACCUAUGGUAAAAGUGUUGUUGAGGCUCAACGAAAAGUAAUACAAAAACUUGAGCUUAUUUUGAAUCGUGCAAUUCGGGUGCGAAAUCCAAAUAUUAUUCAGGCCGUAUGUGCCACCCUUUGGAACAUCUGUUUACCAUUGCUACAGCACAAUUUGCAGCAGCAUGUACGGAAACCACUGCUGAGUAUUGCUGAAGUCCUAGAGAAGAUUGACAGCAUGUUGACUUUAUUCCGUUGUCAAGUUCAUAUGGAACUUGCCCGUAUUGAGGAAAAGUCAGACAGAAUAGAGGCUGCCAUGGAACAUUUGCAGAAAGCUAUCUACCUUGAUAACAGUGGGCAAUAUCAUGAAUAUCUUAAAAUGGCUUUCCAUCGACUUAAUUUAAGCACAAUGUUAUACAAGUCAUUAGAACGUCUAGAAGAUCAAGCAAGUUUGAUGAUUGAACAGGCUAAAAAAGGAACAUCAAAAGAUAGUGUAAGAAAAAAACGGUCUUUGCUGGUGAAUGCUGGCCUGGCACUAGCUCCUGAGGCAUUUCAGAUUGUCCUUGAUAGUGAAAAUGAAGCUAAAGUAGCCUCAAGUAAAACUAAGGGUCAAAUUAGUUAUCUCUGUGCCAAAGCAGAGCACCAUACCAGAAAUGUGGAGAAAGCAGAUGGACAUUUGAAGAGAAUAGGACAUGAAAAUGAAAAAGAAAGGAUCAGGCUUUGGUCAGAAAUAGCCAAAACAGCACGGAAACAAAGUGUAUGGGAUGUGUGUCGGGCUGCAUGUAGAUUCUGUCUCUUAUAUGAUGAUUGUCAAAUGACAAAAGCCUCAAAGCGCAAAAAAGCAUUCAAGAAGAAACCUAGUAUGAUCAUAGUAGAAGAUGACCAGGAAGGAAAUACGCAAAGAGAAUCACCUUCACCCACUAAGAUAUUCUCUUUGGAAAGAGAUUUACUCAGAACUUUAGCAGAAAUAAGAUUCAUUAAUGCAGAGGCUACAAUUCAUUUACUAAGAACGGAAGGUGUUGAGCUGAACAAUCAUGCUGUCUUCCCUGUAGAGACAAGUCUGCAGUCUGCAGGACACUGUAUGCCACAAACCGGGCAUGAAUCAGAAUGGAAUACAUACAGCAGCUGGAUAGACCAUUUAUCUAAAUAUGCUAUGGAAAACUUUUUACGGGCUGCCAAAAUUGGAGAAGAGUUAAAUGAAUCCUGGAUUGUGCAUAACACUGUGGUGUAUGUCUUAAACCACAAUAAGCAUCUGAUUGCUUCAAAAAGGCAAAGAGAAAUAGUUGAACCUCUGCAUAUACUUUUCAAUGCAAUUAGGAAUACUGGGCAUUGUGGGAGUACUGCUAUUUUAGUAACAUUAUGUAAUGCUCUGGCACGGGGCCUAAUUCUUCCUUGGAUUCCAAAACCAAUUCCUAAACCUGAUGAAAAGAAAGUGAUGGAAGAAGGACCAACCAAACGAAAAAAGGCUCCUCCAAAAGUAUAUGAAAAAUCAGUCUCUGUUCCAACUUUAUCUGUAGAUCCAGCUGGGAUACACGAUAUUAAAGCAGCCAUUGAGGUUUGUGAAUUUGCCAUGCAUUUGCCUAAUGGAAGUGUGCCUGAUGAACUGGUGCCUAUUGCUAUGCGUCAGCAGGUCAUUGCAACUUGGGUGAAAGCCAGACAAUUGGUUCAGCAUCAGAUUGGGAGGUGGCAUGGAUCUGAUGAGGAGACUAAUGAUGAAGGAUCCAGUCCCAUGGCAAAAGUUUUUACUGGUUUGGAAAUGUACUCAUGCAAUGGUUUGGGUCUCAUGGACUUCUCACUUCCCAAUUUGGCUCAAUUGGUGAAAAUGGCUUUAGAGUGCAACUGGCCAGACUCACUAGUACAACUCCAGACACUCACCAGACUUACCCAUUUUGCACACACUAUCCAUGAUCAUGAACUGGUGAUGAUGUGCUCUCAAAAGAUUUUGGAAAUGGAUGAUAAUUUGCCUUACAACACUGAUACAAAGAAAAAAGAAAUGAAUGAUUAUACAUUGAGACAAGAAAUGUUGAGCAUUGCUGCUUGUACACAAGGAAAGAGUAUAAUGGAAAAUUUAGCUGGCAAAAAACAUUUGCGUGUGGCAGCAUCAAAAUCCUUUGUUGAAAGUGCAAGAUAUGCAGGAGAAGCAGGAAACAUUGCUCUUGCUAUGAUUGCAGCUAGACAUUUCUGGAAUGCCUGCUUGCCCUUCAUUGGCUCUUCAGCAGACAGGCAGCAGCUCAAAAUGCCCACUGAAAUUAUUCUCAAAAGCAUCAUUAAAGCAUCAGAAGCCAAAACCAAGCAGGAAACAGAACAUAUGUUACAUUUGCAUCAGUGGCGCACAACAGACUUUCAAAGCAGCAGUUCAUCAGAUGGACAUUUUUUUCCAGGUGCUGAUGAGGAUCCAACCUUAAGGACAUUCUUGUAUGUAUUAUUAUUCCAAGUGUAUGCUGAUAAAAAUGAUUGGGAAGCAGGUCUCAAAGUGUUAGAUGAUGCUGUUCAGAACCUUCCUCGAACUAAGCACAGACUUCCAGUUUUUAAACAUAUGGUAAUGCUGAAGGCAAGACUUGGACGUAACUAUAUAAUGGAAAUUCAAAAAUUCCGAGAUGAAAGUGAAGACUACAUGUCACAUAUGUGGCAUCAACUGGCCUCUGUGUCAUCAGAUCUUGUUGGACAGCUAUCCUGCUACCAAAAUACAAUUGAAGUUUUACAGAAAAAAGAAUCUGAAUUAAAGAAAGUUGAUAAUCUAUUAAGAUUUGCAGAAUGGCUAUAUUGUAAACAGUUUCCUCUUAAUGAAGCUAUUAAACAUCUUGACUGGGCAAUAUCUAUAUUGCUGCACCUCAAACCUGUCCAAAAAAGCCCUGAUGAGGAAGAUUCAGGAAACAAAAUUACAAUUGGAGAAUUGAGAAAUAUAAAGCAAUUAGUAGCUUUGCUUAGAGCUCAUACAGUAAUGGCUGUUAUUUCUGGCCAUGGUUCACCUCUUCAUGAGCAGCACUGUUUGAUGGCAUAUGCUUUUGUGAUACGCAUAUGGCAGAUUUCACUGACAUCAGCAGGAUCUGUUUUAAAGGCAUCAGUCAAAAUUUCACCAACUCAGCUAAGUACUCCUAAAACAAAAGGGAAAAAAGAUGCUAAACAAGUGAGACGGUGCUGUGCAUGCAAACCUGCUGGUAAUUCACCAACAACCCCUCCUAAAAAAGAUAAAUCCUCAAAAGAUAUCAAACAGGUACAGUCAGUCAUAAAGGACAAACCUAAGCGGAAAGGACCAAUUGAAGCGUUACCUGUAAAUUUGGAGGAAUGGGCAAGCUAUGACUGUCCUGAUGAAAUUAGAGAUGCCUUUAAGCAAGACUCAAGUGGCUGUGCUGUGAACAGGGAAACUAUUUUAGCACCCACACAGACCUUAUAUUAUAUAGACCUUUUAGUUAAUGAGCUACAGACAAUUUUAUGUACUCACUUGACUCUUCCAGUCCUUCAUCUGGCAGAAGUCAUUGCUCAAGAUGUCAUAGAAAGCAAAACUCUAUCAGAUCUCUACCAUCUUCGACUCUCCAAGGUAUGCUUAGACUUGAAAUUGUGCCAAGCAUCAUCUUAUCAUGAGAAGGCAGUAGGUGAAGUAUACAUUAAUGAAAUGGAGCAAGGAAGGUUUAGACAGGAAAUUGCAGUUAAAAAUGAAAAUGCCCUACAGAAUAAUCAUAAGGAAGAUAAAUUAUUUGACUGCACAAAGCAAGAUGAUGUGUAUCAGAAUAAAAUAUUGCUUACUGCAAAAGAUAAGAUUUUGGAAAUGAAUGCCAUCACGCAAAAAGAAUUAUGUGGGCUUACUUUCCCUUACUUGUGGAUAGACAAAGCUGAAGUCCUGAUCCAACUGUGUUUAUACCAGCCAGCAAGACUAUUACUUUCAGAGGCACACCAAGCAACUCAGGAAAUGAAUGACCCAUGUGCUAUAUCACGGUGCCUUUUUCUUCUAGCCAUGGUGGCUAAUUUGGAAAGAAAACAUGUGCAAGCUAAAGCACUGCUUGAGCAGGCACAACUGAUAGGAGGAAAUGAGCACUUUUGGCACAACAGCACUUUGUGUGUCACAGAUGCCAUUUUAGGGCAAGACAGGCAAAAAAAUGACAAAAUGGCAUGCCAUUUUCUGCAAAAGACUGUAAAUGUCUUGAGACCAUUACUGGUAGAAAGACCUAACAGAGAAUCUGAAUUAGUUGUUAUAAUUGCAUGUCUUGAAGCCAGGAAAGUGUACAUUCAGAUAGAUUUUGCUAAAGAUUUCAUCAAUAGUACUCAUCAUUCUACUGAGCUACCAAAAAUGUUGCUGGAACCAUAUGAAAAACUAAUUCACAUAGAGAAGGACUUCCUUUCUUAUGGAUAUAAAGAUCGUAGUGCUGAAGCUUUGAUGGCACGUGCAAAUAUUCACAGAAUGUUAGGUAAACAUACAACAUAUGCUGUAGACAAGCAGAGUCACUACCUAGAUGCCUACCGAUUAGCUAAAGAAUCAGUAUCACAAAUGGAACAGCUUUUCCAACAUAUUAAUAAUCUGCUUCCGGUUAAUGAGAUACGGAAUAUUAACUUGCCAUUGAUGAGAAUACUUGCUAGUAUGAAGUUGACCCUUAUAGAAAUCAUUCUGGACAUUUUUGUUCUUACCAAUACUGAGAAAAAAAAGAGAGAAGCUGGAGCAGAACAAAUUGAGCAAAUUAUUGAGGAAUUUGUAAGAUUUACACCUGAUGCUUCUUCUGUUGAACAGGCAUGGAUAAUGCUUGGGCACACAAUUGGUCAUAAUGCACAGGCUCAGCUAAUAAGCCUACAGAGUCUUUAUACUGGCUGUCCUGAUAUUAGAGCCAAGUGCCUCUGUCUCAGUGGAAGAAGUCUACAUUUACUUGCUGAUCAUACAGACCCUUUCUGUUCAGAUCUUCUCUGGUGUGAACAUGUAAUGGAGAAAGUUAAGACUGUCUCUGAGAAAUCACCAUCACCAGAAGUGGAAGCAAAAUAUAAUGAAGAUGAAACACCAAGGACUUGUUUACCUCUUACUAAAAAACAGCUUGAUGUGUACAAAAGGAAAGCAAUUGAAUUAAGGAGAAGACGGACUUUGACCCAGAAAUACCUAUUUCAGUCAACGGAGGUUCUGUUGCAAUGCAUUAAUGUUGCAAUUAAUAAUAACAUGAUAGAUACUUUGGCUGCUGCUAGUUUGGAAAUGGUGGAAUGCUUUGGACGAUUUGACCCAAUUUCAGCCACCCAGUUUUUGGCCCUUUAUCAGAGUUGUUCAGCGUCAAUGAUGAUGAAAAACAUCCUGUUAGCAGCUACAUUGAACACCAGCAGUUCACAGCUGGCUGCAUUGCUGCAUCUGCAUCAACACUUGGAAAAAAAAGGAGAUAUAACAAGCAACCUUUUCAAAAAUGUGGAACAGCGAUUAGCUGCUAUUUCAAAGGCAUGGGGAAAUCUUUGUAUUUCUAUACAACACUUUAAUAUCAUGAAUGAAUUACCACCAAAUUUCCAUGUAAUCAUUCUCCAGCAUUCAGAAGACAGAUCGCUCCUAUAUGGUGCAGUACUUGAGAAAGUAAAAUCGACCAAUCCCAAGGAACAAAAGGAACAGAAGGAAAAGGGAGGACAACAAAAGGAAAAGGGUGGGCAGAAGGAAAAGAGUGGACAACAAAAAGGAAAACCUGCUCAAUGGACUUUGCAGGCUAAAAUUGUACGGUCCUCUGUGGAUUCUGAUACAUUGUUCAAUUUGAUGGAAAAGGUCAAAAGUUUCAAAGAGAAGAAGAUGAAAAGUCUUCAGGAACAUUUAGCACCAGAUAUUACACAAGAUGACAAACUUGAGUUUCAAAGAAGGCAAGAAUCAGCUGCCAAAUUAGAUAAGUAUGUAGAAGGUGAAGAGGAACAAGACUUUGCAUCAGAAUUCCAGGCUAUAUUGAAAGAUAUGGAAGAAUAUCUGAAACCUGUAUUGUUGCACUUCAAUUUCUCUGAGCUAAGGCACCAGAGUCCAGCAGUCUCUCCAGCAGAUUCAGGAAAAAACAAAGGUGACUCUGGAAAAACCAGGAAAGGUAGUCCAGGAAAAACUAAAGCAAAUGAUUCUGAAAAAAGUAAAGGAAAUGAAGCAGUGAAAACAAAAACUAAAAAUAAGGAGAAAAACAUUACAAGUCAAGCUAAUCCUGAAGAUAUAGGAGAAUGUGUGAUACUACUGGUGGACAAAAUUCUUAUGGACUUACCUUUGGAAGCACUGAAUAUUUUUCAAGAAGAAGCAAUAAGUUCUGUGUCCAGAGACUUUUCUCUCCAAGUUUUAUAUAACCGCUUACAUAAAGAAGAAGCAGAAAAUGAAGUAAAAAAAGAGGUAAAGGGUGCAAAGGAAUCAAAGCCAAAAGCUGAACAAAAAAGAGGCAUGAAAGUACCUAUCCUUAACCGUUUUCUGCCACCCAACUGUAUCUCAAUUGAUAUACAUAAUGUUAAAUAUGUUGUGGAUCCAUAUAAUGAUGGAAGAGAUCAAGAAUUAGAAAAUCCUGCACAAAAAUUUAAGACAGUCUUAGAAAAAUAUGAGCCAUUUACACAUCGAUGGGAUGGAGUUAUUGGUGACACACAAUUUCCAAGUCAAGUUGAAUGGGAACACUUACUGAAUAACUGCAGUGCUUUUGUCUUCUCUGGAAUGGAAAGAUUCCUCUCUUAUAUAUUGCUUGACAGACUCGCUGCUAUGAACAUACCAGAAUGCCAGUUGAUGAUACUUUCAGAACUUGUACAUUCAAAACCAAGUAUUAUACGAGUGAGAAAUCUUGAUGAGGACAGAAGUUCUUUUCGCCUGUCUCUGGAGAUGCCAACAGAGACAGCAAUCAUUCUGAGUCUUAUUGGAGUGCAUUCCAUUAUUGUCAACCAAUGGUAUACUACCCUGGAAGAUAAUACAAGAAAUCUGGAAAGCUUGUGUGAAAAUUUAUUAAAAGUAGGCAAGACAACUGGACAGGCUGUUCGUAUUCUUCAAAAGAGUAAGUCUGUCAUAGACGAGUCACUUAAAAGCCAUAUGGAUUCUGCUGAAGAUCUGAAAAAAGAGCAGAAGGAAAGUCCCAGGUCUUUCAGCCGUCCUUCAGUUCAGCCAUCAGCUCUUAAUGCUGUUUUAUAUGGGUUGCCCAACAUGAUGUUUAUGUGA